AGGCCAAAGUUACAUUUCAGCCUUCCUCCCAAGGAUAGAUAGUCCUUGGAGUUAUCUUUCAAUCAAUUCAACCACGACUUCAUAAAAAAUUAUACAAUUCACCCUGCAAAAUAGAGAAUCAUACGAAGAUCAAAGAUCAAAGAUCAAUAUCGAUAUCCAAUCUGCGAGCGCGAAAGCUAUCCAUUAUGCGCCUUUCCCAGGCUUUGGUCCUUGCGGCAUCUGCUCCGUUUGCAAUUGCAUACCCAAAAUUUGCAGCACCAGCAGCUGGAGCGGUAGAAACGGCUGGAACCGCAUUUACUGUUACUUGGGCAGAUAGUGGAGAUGCUCCAUCGAUAGCUGAUAUUUCGACUUAUUCAUUAGCCGUCUGCGCGGGAUCUACUUCUGGUACAGAUAUCAAAGUGAUAACUCCAGUAUCUUCUACCGUUAGCAUGGGCUCAACUCUUACAACUACCGUCACUGUACUAGCGACCAGCGGAGAGUCCGUGACCAAUGCAUAGUGAGUUUUCUGAUGCCAAAGUUUCAAGAAAACUGGGUGCUGAUUAUGAUGCAGUUUCAUGAGAAUGAUAGCGACCGCCAAAGCUGGAGGAACAGUUACUGUUUAUUCGGAUAGAUUUUCAAUUAAUGGCAUGACAGGGACAUUUGGAGCCACAUUCACAAUUACUGGUACUGCUGGUCCUGCCACUGUCAAUACCGUGGCGGAUACCGUGGCAGAUACCACUGCAGCGUCUUCAUCGACAUUGGCGGAGGGGGCUUAUGGUAUCCCAUUCCAAUCACAAACUGGUCUUACCAGAUAUGCUCCAAUGGGUUUAAUGCCUGGUAGCACUAUAACGGCCACUAAUACGGCACCUCAAUACCCAACAUCGUCCGUUCCUCUAGCCACCACGUAUUUGAGCUCUGCAACAAUUCACACGACUUUGACACAAGCUCAAACAGCGUCCUUUGAAAGCCACUCUAAUACGGUAAGUUUCAAACCCCAAUAAUUCUGAGUCGCGCAACUAAUGAAUGAAAGGUUGCUGCUGCAUCGAUGCCUACUGAUGAUAUGGCAAAGUUCUUGGCUAGAUGGAAGGAUUAAAAUACCUGAAGACGAUGGAAGAUGGACAUAAAAGUAUCAAGAAAUAUUUGAAAUGGAGUUUGGCGUCUCCUCGAAUUGAAGUUCGAGGUUUAGUUUAAUUGAAUACCGUGUAUACCCAACGAAUCAAGAAUUUACCCAGUCACGCUUAUCCUUUAGUAGU